GAUGAUUGGGGAAGCACAAACCGUGGUUGAAAUGAUGAUUGAAAGAGAUAUUGAACCUAAUACUGUUACGUACAGUUCACUAAUGAAUGGUUGUUGUUUGCGAGGAAGAAUGGACAAAGCGAAAAAGGUUUUUGAACUAAUGCUUAGCAAGGGCUCCAUGGUUGAUGCUUUUAGUUAUAGCAUAUUGAUAAACGGAUUUUGUAAGCAUAAGAUGAUGGAUGAGGCCAUGAUGCUUCUUGGGGAAAUGUCUAGUAAAGGGCUGGUUGCAGAUACCGUUACUUAUAGUACUCUUGUGGACGGUUGUUGCAAAAUGGGCAAAAUACGUGAUGCACAACAGCUGUUCUCUAAGAUGCAAGCUUGUGGCCAACUUCCAGAUGUUCAAACUUAUGCUAUUCUACUGGAUGGCCUGUGUAAAAGCCGACAACUUUCUACAGCAAUGCAAUUGUUUAGAGAGAUGGAAGGGAAGAGGUUUGAUCUAAAUAUUGUGAUUUACAAUAUUCUAAUUGACGGUUUGUGCAUAGCUGGAAAAAUUGAAUCUGCAAGGGAUCUGUUUUGUGGUUUAUCAUCCAGAGGACUUCAACCAAAUGCGAGGACAUAUAACAUAAUGAUUAAAGGACUCUGUAUUGGGGGCCUGACAAGUGAAGCAGAAAAGCUGCUCGCCGAAAUGGAAGAGAAAGGUUGUUCUCCAGAUGGGUAUACGUAUAACAUAAUUAUUCGAGGGUUCAUCAAUAACAAUGGGACAGUAAGAGCGAUGGGACUUAUUCAACAAAUGGUGGAAAGGGGUUUCUCUGCAGAUGCAUCAACUACAGAAUUGAUAGUUGAUUUAUUGUGUAAAGAUAAAGUGGAUCCAGCAUUGUUGCCAUUGAUAAAAAGAGAAUUAUGAACUUAACUCGCCUCUUUGAAAGUUGAAACACAUCUUCUAUCACAGUAAACAUUGAGACUGCAAGUGGAUUUCGUUGAAUUUUUGGUCUGAAUGAUUGUUGAUGAGGGAGUUACUGAGUGUUUUUCAUUUUAGUAUGAGGAAUCUUUUACAACCAUAAUUCUUCUCAAUUAUCAAUAGUAUGUUUUUUUUUUUACUAAUAGUUAUAUACAUUCUAUAAAUUGCCAUCAAAGUGGGUUGGGUAUUGGGUAUUGGAUAUUGAUAUGCAUUGAGUUUUAUAAGAACUGGGUCCUUUUGACUUUUAUACAUCAUUUGGAUAUGCUCUAAGGUGUAUAGCGUUAUCGGGUUAUUUGGUCAGACAAUACCUCAAAAAAUUUGUCCCCUAUUCUUUUCAUAUUCUUUUCAUAUUUUUUAAGUCUUUCUUUUGAGGUUUCCUUAACUCUUGACCUUUCAAUUGGGGACUUGCUUGAAGUCGGAUUGUAAUGCCCAUGUCAUUGGAAGAGGUAAAUGCAGUUAACAAGUUCAUGAUUUUGUAAAAGAACUAUGAACUAUGCAGUAUCAAGUAGCGCAGAUGUACGUUGUUAGGAAGAUGCAGCAACAGAACAAAUCCUUUGAAGAUGAUGUACUUUGGUCAGUACUCUUUCAAAAUUUACCAUCUACAAAGGUAAAUCAAUACACGUAAUAUGUGGUCGGUUUAAGUUGCUGCCAAAAUGGCAAAUGAAAGGCGUUCCUCUAGUUUUAGAACCCCUUAUUGUUUAGUGAACAGUGAACAAAAGAUUAUCUUAAACUGAAGGUGUGCUGUUUUAUGGAGUAAGGAGAAACCUGAAAGGUUGUGCUUCACUCUUUAGUUAAUUGCACAGUAACCAUAAUCACCUAGAGAGUUUUGGUCUACGUGGGAGCAUUGAUACGGCUUAGGUUCCUACAUAUAUGAUGGCCUUACUAUUUCCUUCCUCUUUAUUUUGGUGAAGUAGAACGACUGUUAAUAAUGUUUCAUGCAGACAUUUAUUUUAUGAAUUCCAAGGUUACAUUAUCUUAUUCAGCAAAGCUCCUACUUGGCUUACCACUUUUGCACCAGCUGGUGCUCUCAUCAUGCAAGAGGAAGCCUGGAAGGCAUACCCAAGAUGCAAAACAGGUUUUCCAUGUGUUCUUGAUGUCAAUUUUUGUAUAUCUUUUUCGUUAAACACACUUCAAAUUUGUUACAACAUGGUAUUUGGUUGUCUGUAAAUGGAUGCUCUACGGCACAGUAAUCAAGUGCCCAUACUUUACCAAGUUUCAGCUGACAUUGAAACAGUUCACAGGGCUGACAAUGGACAGACAAAUAAUGAUAAGUCGAAGCCAGUUAUGACAGCGUACAAAGUCAUCACCAAUGAUGCACCAUAUUGGGGUUCUGGCUAUAGAAUUGAACACACUUUGCUACUGGAACUUGGGAGGCCGACUUUGGUGAAGAGUAUGGAAGAUUUCGACCAGGGAUUAUUACCUGAAAGCAAAGACAUUUAUAGUGGACAGAGGGCUCAACUUUCAACUUAAAUCCACACAGCAUGGCCUUUCGUUGACAUGGAGCAAAUUUGUUAUACUUGUGUUGGGUUCUAAUGACAAUCAGGUCCGUCCGUCACAUAACAGCAGGCCCCACCUAUUUCCUAUUCGACUGCGAAGGACGUACUGAAGGAAUGUCAAUUGAAAUGCAGGGGUUGAAAUUGUUUUCCUGCUGAUACAUUUGGCAACAUAAACUUGACAGAAGAGUGUAUAGCACGCUAACAUGUAUCAUAGCCAGAUAAAUUAUCAAAGAAGGAAAUACCCAGAUAGGAGAUUUUCUGCUUGUGUUGUUGUACCAUAGUUACAUUGUUCUGUUACCUUUAAAAAGAAUUGUAGAUCAGGCUUGAUGGAAAGCACCACAUUCAUAAUUU